GCAUAGCCACCACCAUCCUCCCUCGUUCCACCGCCGCCACUUCUGCUUCCCCUACCACCCCAUCCUCCACGCUCCGGCGCCACACCUCCGACCACGGCACCCACUCCUUAAUCUCCGUCCCAAAUCCGAGCCCGACCUCACCGCCACCAAGCGAGACCAUAAUUCCCCACAAAUUCAGGCAACGUCGAAGCCGUCAAUCAUCACUACUCGCAACAACUUUAAUUCAUUACAGUACCACAUGUUGGAGAUCUCCGAUGGCUGCGACGUUGCUACUAGCGUCGCCGCCUACGCUGCACGCCGCCGGCGCAGUUUUUGUAUACUGAGCGGCAGCGGCGCUGUCGCUGACAUCACCAUCCGGCAGCCUGGUUACAGUGAUAUUUCCUUCAGUCUUCAAGGGUGCUAUGAGAUUCUCUCAAUCUCCGGCUCGUUUUUCUUUGCGCCGCCGGUUCCUCCUGUGGCGGCUGGAGUCACAGUGUUUCUUGCCCGCGGUGAAGGGGAGGUGGUGGGCGGAUGCGUUGUGGGUGAGUUGAGAGCUUCCGGUAAAGUCGUUGUCAUGGCAGUAUCGUUUGUUAAUGCGGUGUACGAAAGGCUGCCGCUGGAUGCUAACCCCUUAAUAUCUCUAUAAUAAUCUAUGAAUAAUUUUGAAAUUGAGCUUGCGAAGAUUAUUGAAAGAUUAUUAGGAUUAUAAUAUCUCAAUAA